AUGCCUGCCAUUCCCAUCUUCAAGGACACUCCGAUCAACGCCUCCAAGGCAUCGGGAGCCACUCCGCAGACCGAGGAACCACAAGCCAAGGACUAUUCCCAUAACGUCGCCGAGUUAUCGCAAAGUCAAGUCGGCGCACCCGCACCAUCAUCCACCCGCCAGCAGCCAUACCCGCCGGCACAGCCUGGCGCCGCCCCGUCUCUCCCUGUCCAGACAGCUUCCGCACAAGCAUAUCCUGCUCCGCGCCCAACUCCAACUCAGAAGACGAAUGAUGUCAGUCCUCCGCCGCCCCAGCCAGGUGCUGCCCCCGUGCCGGUAGCGGGCACGUCGACUCUGCCUCCUCCGCCGAAGGCAGGCCAGACCUACCAGCCUCCAGCCCCAACACCCGCCACUGCCACCGUUUCUUACCCUCCACAAAUGGGUAUCCCUCCUCCAACCAUGUCACACGCGGUGUUGCGAGGAUCUUCCACGUCUACUACUAAUGGACCUCAGAUGACUGGGCCGCGACCUGUCCCACUGGGAGGCGAUCCUCCACUCAGCCUUGAACACCCUCCAGGAUACCAGCAAGACGUUAUAGCCAUCAAAGAGCUGCUCACCAAGCUGCGGUAA